CACCCCGUAGCUUUGAAUUCAACCAGGCAAGAGUAGUACAUGCACGAGCUGGCCAAUCCAUCCCAGCCGAAGAGACACACACAGGCAAAAAAGGUGUGAGGGAAUUGAUGAUGGAGGUGUGUCGGUGAAGGGUGGUGGCAAUAGCGGUGGAGAAGCUGCUCUCCGCCUUAUAAAUGCACAGCUUGGGUUGCAACGGCUUUCUUGUGGGUUCGUCUGUAAUGGAGAGAUCUACUCAGGCUCUUCUCUUCCUGAUCCUCCUCGUUUGCUGUGCUGUAAUGGCAGCAUCAGCCAAGGAUCUCCCAGCUGAGGAGUUCGGUGUGAGCUUGGCAGAAAAAGGGCAUAAACAUAAGCAUUCUGGGUUUUCUGAAGCAGAGUGCCCAGGUGCCUGUCAAUAUAGAUGCUCCAAGACUGCCUACAAGAAGCCCUGCUUGUUCUUCUGCCAGAAGUGCUGCUUCAAGUGCAGGUGUGUUCCUCCAGGAACCUAUGCACACAAGGAGGUUUGCCCAUGCUACAAUAACUGGAAGACCAAGAGAGGAGGUCCCAAGUGCCCAUGAGCUCCUCUGCUUGAAGAUAUCAGACUUCUUCUCUAAAUAUAUUAUGAUUAUUGAAGUAGACAAGCUUAUUUCUACCAAUGUAUGUCCUUAAUUGUGUGACAGCAUCAGUAACAUAAUUGUUCUAAGCCCUGAUACUAGGCUGCUGGUGCAACUCUAAUGAGAUAAGAUCUUCAAAUC